CAUGCUCGAUUUCGUCCACCGUCUCCCUCUCUCUUGUUAUUCCCUCGUAGCGAUCUCCAUACUCUUGUCAGCCUGCACUUCCAUUUUCAUUUCGUCGAGCACACUGUCUUACGAGUAGGUAGCUAUGGCGGGGCAAUUAAGGCACGCGCUGCGUGUGUCGCCGCAGCUCAGAACCGGCUCGGCUCGGCUGUUCUCGUCCCAAGCCUGCCUUCGUCAAGAGAUCCGAGAUGCCUACAUUCUGAGCGCAUCUCGGACACCAACAGCCAAGUUCAAUGGCUCCUUCGUGAGCGUUACCGGCCCGCAACUUGGUGCUGUCGCCAUCAAGUCCGCCCUCGAAAAGUCCAAAGUGCCUAUUAGCAAGAUCACCGAUGUCUACAUGGGGAAUGUCCUGCAGGGCUCCGUCGGGCAGGCCCCGGCCCGCCAAGCCUCCGUCUUUGCCGGCCUCCCUCCGUCGGUCGAAGCUGUUACUAUCAACAAGGUGUGCGCCUCCGGGCUGAAGGCCGUUGCUUUCGCGGCGCAGAAUAUCCAAUUAGGCCUUUCCGAAGCCCAGAUCGCUGGCGGGUUCGAGAACAUGUCGAGGGUGCCAUAUUACAUGCCGCGCGCGAGCGGCUUGCCUGGCUUCGGCCACGUGAAGAUGGAGGAUGGGCUCAUCAAGGACGGUCUUACCGACGUCUACGACCAGAUCCACAUGGGAAACUGCGCCGAGAACACGGCUAAGAAAUAUGAAAUCUCGAGGGAAGCACAGGACCAGUACGCAAUUCAGUCGUACCAACGGGCGCAGGCCGCCUGGAAGGAUAACGCCUUUGCCGAGGAGAUUGCGCCGGUCACGGUCAAGGGGAGGAAGGGUGACACAGUCAUCACCACGGACGAGGGAUACCUCGAUGUCAAGCUAGACAAGGUGCCCAGCCUCAAGCCGGCAUUCGUACGGGACGGCACUGGAACUGUGACGGCGGCCAACUCGUCGACGCUCAACGACGGCGGGAGCGCGCUCGUGCUGGGUAGCAAGGCGGUUGCGCAGGAGUACGGCGCGGGUUCGCGGGUCCUGGCACGCAUCUGCGGUUCAGCCGAUGCCGCCGUAGACCCCAUCGAUUUCCCAAUUGCCCCGGCCAAGGCGGUUCCUAUUGCUCUCGAGCGAGCCGGUAUCACCAAGGAUCAGGUCGCCGUUUGGGAGUUCAACGAGGCCUUUGCCGCAGUCAUCAAGGCCAACGAGAAGAUCCUUGGCCUGGAGGGCGCAAGAGUGAACCCACUCGGUGGAGCUAUCGCGCUCGGCCACGCCCUCGGCAGCUCGGGUUCACGUAUCCUCGUAACGCUGCUCCACCAGCUUAAGCCUGGUGAAUAUGGUGUUGCGGCCAUUUGCAACGGCGGAGGUGCAGCAUCGGCGAUGGUGGUACAGCGGAUCGAGUCGGUGUAAACUGCAUGGAGAGAACCUUCUUGCGUGUCCAAGGUCGCCCCCAGCACCGGGUGUGGUCCCGAAUGCUUGAUAUUGUAUGUAGGGUUAGGGUUGAUCUGCUGUAUCAGGAGCUUGAUCGUUGUGAACUUUAUUUACGUGUCGCGCUUUGGCAACUGGUCCAUUGUUGCAUCGGAACGUUGAAGACGGCGUAAAACAUCAAGACAUUUACCUCGAGACCC